AACAGAGACUUUAUUUUUGUUUGUGGUUUAUAACCUAAAAAUUGUUAAGAAUCAUAUUGUAUUUUUCCGACAAUCCAUAAUAUCUGUAACUUUAUUACUUAUUAUAACAUUUAAAAAUGAGCAAUUCAAUUUUAAUUGGAAUUCGAACAAUAUUAAGGAAUGGCUCCACCAACAUUUGUAGACAUUUUUCAGCGGUAUCAGGACCAGUAAAGGAAGAAGGAACACUGGCAAAUAAUGAAGAACAACAAGUUGCCAUCAUACAAGAAAGGGGACCAUUGAUUUUAUCGAGACAAUUGAAAUACUUGCCAAAAUCAAUCAAGAGUAGACCAGCAUGGGUUGAAAACUUGGACACUUUAGAAGAACAAAAGCUUGGUAUGGUAGACUUACAUCCUGAAGUGUGGGCUUCCAUGCCUAGAGUAGAUCUUAUCUCUCAAAAUGUUCACUGGCAGAGGAUGUACAAGUAUGUGAGCUACAAAUGGAUGCCUACAAGAGAAGAGAGGGUUGGAGGUACCCGGAAACCUUGGCCACAAAAGGGGACAGGUCGUGCUCGUCACGGGAGCAUCAGAUCUCCUCUGUUCCUCAACGGGGGAAGAGCACACGGACCUCGAGGACCCACAUCUUACUUCUACAUGUUGCCGUAUUUCACAAGAGUUCUAGGACUUACAUCCACUUUGUCUGUUAAAUUAAGUCAGGAUGAUUUGCACAUUGUUGAUUCCCUGGAAAUUCCAACUGAUGAACCACAGUAUCUUGAAGACUUGGUCAGCCAGCGAGGUUGGGGUGUCUCAGUUCUCUUUGUUGAUGUGACUGAUUUGAUGCCAAGAAAUAUUGCUGUGGCCUGUGAUAAGAUCAAACAUAUGAAUCUAAUGCCAGCAUAUGGUCUAAAUGUGUUCAGCAUGUUGAAACAUGAGACAUUAGUUUUGACGACAGCAGCAGUAGAUCACAUUGAAGAGAAAUUACUGUUUGCACUUCACCGCACAGAUGAUAAAGAAAAAACUAAAAAGUUCAGAAUUAACCAGCAGUAGUAUAUUUAUGUACUCUUUUGUAAAUAAAUACAUUUAAUAAAUUAGUUCAAUCAAUACUAA